AUGGAAAAACUUUGUUUAUCAAGAAUUGAAACAAUUACUUCAUCAGACCUUUUAAAGAUAACUGCUUCACAGUUAGCAGUUCUUGCCAAUAGCAUUGAAGAAAAGACAUUUGAUAAAACUUUAAAACAAAUUCAUCAAAUUUCAGAAUCAUCACCAGCUGAAGUUUAUAUUCGUUACAUUACCAAAUUAUUAUUAACUGGUAGUUCAUUAGUUGAAACAAACAUUGUUGCUAAUCCAAUUGUUGAUAAACUUAUUGAAUCAGAAUUUAAAUAUCUUGUUUCAAAUCCAAUUUAUAUUGAAAAUUUCUCUAAAAUCUUGUUAAAGAGUGAAUCAAUUUUAAUAAAUUUAGGUUUAACAAAAUUCAUUAAUCAUUUCAAUUUCAAUCAAUUUGAGAAAAAUUUAUUAUUAUUAACUUUAGAUCAAAUUCCUGAUAAAGAAUUAACAAAAGAAUCAGUUUCAAUCUUAUCAAAAGAAUUUACAAGUUUAAUUAAUUUCAUUCAAUUAAAUUAUUCAAAUUCUCAAAUUUCAAUUGAUCAAUUAUCUUUAUUUUUUAAAUAUUUUUUCAAAUCAGAAGCUUUCACUUUAUCUGAAAAAUUAUUAGGAUUUACAUUUUUAUUAGAUUUACUAAUUGAACAAAAUUCAUCAAACUUAGAAUUAAUAACUUCAGAAUUUUUAGUUACUUUAUCCAAAAUGAAAUUUCAAGAAAUUUUAUCAUCAUUAGAACCAGAAUUAAUUGUUCCUGAUAGAUUAGUUAAUGAAUUAUUAUCCAUACAAUCACAAGAUGAUUUGAAUGAUGCUUUAUCUUUGUUAUUGGCUGAGAUAUUAUCACCUGGCUCUCAGAAUUUAGCUAAAACACCAGGUAUAACUGCAUUUACACCUCAAAAUGUUCCUGAAGCUACAGCUAAAGGUUCACAAUUUGGUUCAAUAAUUAGAAAAUUACCUCAACAACCAAUAUGGAAUUUAGUUUUCCAAAAUGUUUUAAACAAAAUUUCAAAUCCAAGAAUUAGUCAAGAAUCUUUAAGUCAAUUGUUAUCAGCUCUUGAUGAUACAACUAUUGAUUUAUUUUUGGAAUAUCAAUGGCCAAUUGAUUUUAAAAUUGAAUUAUAUAUUGCAUUAAGACAAUUAAAUCCUGCAAAUGGUGGAUUUGAUUUAUUAAGAACUAAUUAUUUGAAACCAAUUGUUAAUGAUUUAUCUUAUCCAAAUUUGAAAAAUUCAGUUUUAUAUUAUUCAAACGUUACAAGAUUAGAAUUGGAUUGUAUUUCAAAUUCAACAAGUAUUCAAAGUACUGAACAUAAGAAUUUUUUACACAUUAUUUUUGAGAAAGAUGUGAAAACUGUACCAGAAUUAAUUGCUAUAGGUUGUUCACAAUAUUCACCACCUUCACCAACUAUUGAUGAGUUAUUAGAAAAUCUUGUUGUACAUUUACUGGAUGGUAAUUCAACAUAUUAUCCAUUGAUUUUGAAAAAUUUACAUCAAAAGGGUCAAUUAUUUAAAAUUGUUAAUAAAUUAGUUGAAAAUAGAACAAAUUUAAAUGAACAAGUUAUUUCAUUUUUGAUUGCAAAUAGAUUAGUUGAUCAAUUUAUUGAUGGUGUUUCAAUUACUUCAGCAUUAACAUUAGCCGCUUCAGCUGUUAAAUUAGGUUGGAAUGAUUUACAACAAUAUUUGGCUCGUCAAAAGAAGGAUCAAUCUUUUAUUAACGGUCUGUUACAAUUUUUAAAAAUUGAAUCUGCAAUUGAUGAAUCUAAAGCAGAUAAUCAAAAAACAACAAGUUUAAAAGUUAUUUAUCUGUUAAUUGAAACUCUUUCAAAACAAGAUUUGAAUAAAGAACAAUUUGAAGAAUUUCAAAAUGUUCAAACUCAAGCUUUACAAGCUUUCCCAAGACUUAUUAAUUUUGGAUUUGGUCAUGAUGAAGCUAUUUUAGCAAAUGGUGAUCUGAAUUCAUUCCCAUUUGAUGUUGAACAACAAAUGAAGGUAUUUUAUCAAAAAAUGUACAAUCAUGAAAUUGAAAUCAAAGAUGUUAUUACAAUGUUGUCAGAAUUAAGAGAAAGUGAAAAUCCAAGAGAUCAAGAUGUUUUCGCUUGUAUGAUUCACUCAUUAUUAGAUGAAUAUAGAUUUUUCCCUGAAUAUCCAUUAAAUGCUCUAGCAAUUACUUCUGUUCUGUUCGGUUCUAUGAUUUAUUUUCAACUUAUUAGAGGAACUGCCUUGAAAAUAGCUUUGAGAUAUAUUCUAGAUUCAUGUAAUGAAUCACCAGAUUCAAAUAUGUUUAAAUUUGCUGUUCAAGCUUUAUUUGCAUUUAGACAAAGAUUACAAGAAUUUCCAAACUAUUGUGCUGCUUUAGCUGAAGUUGAAUCUUUAAAAUCUCAACAACAAAUUUAUCAAAUCAUUUUAAAUGUUGGUAAAAAUAAAUCAGAUACUGUAGCAGGUGGUGAUAUUGCUUUGAAUCAAAAUCAACAACAAAUUUUAAACUCAAAUACAGCUGCUCCAUUUGAAUCACAACCAAAACCACAAUCAUUUAAAUCAAUUUCAACUCAAGUUUCAUUUUUCAAUAAUGUUUUACAAGAACAACCAAGAACUGAAGUAUCUCAAAGGGUUUUAUUUUUGGUUAACAAUCUUACUACUGAUAAUUUCGCUUCAAAAUCACAAGAAUUGAAAACUAUCUUACAACCAGCUAAUUAUCAUUGGUUUGCUACUUAUUUGGUUGGUCAAAGAGUUAAAACUGAAGCAAAUAACAUCAAUUUAUAUGGUUCACUUGUUGAAGUUAUUGAAGAUGAACUGUUUUCAGAAUACGUUACAAGUGUUGCUUUAGAAGAAGUUUCGGAUUUAUUGAAUGAAGCUGAUAGUUCAAUUACUGAACGUAAUCACUUGAAGAAUAUUGGUAGUUGGUUAGGUAGAAUUACAUUGGCAAUUAAUAAACCUUUAAAACAUAAAUAUCUUGCUUUGAAAGACUUACUUGUUGAAGCUAAUGAUGUUAAAAAAUUACCACUGGUUGUUCCAUUUGUUUGUAAGAUUAUUGAACAAACUAAUGAAUCUGAAAUUUUCAAGCUGCCAAAUCCUUGGACUCUGGGUAUUAUUCGUGUGUUGAAAGAACUGUAUCUUCAUUUCGAUUUGAAAUUGAAUUUAAGAUUUGAAGUUGAAGUUCUGUGCAAAAAUCUGGGUUUCGAAUUUAAUGAUAUUGAACCAUCAGUUAUUAUUAGAAAAUUAGAUGUUGUUCCAUCUUCAAGUGCUGCAAUUACUCAAGGUGUUUCUAAUUUGAAACUGGAUUCAACACCACAAGGAUUCCCACAGUCUACUGUUGGUUCUCGUGAAGGUCCUGUACCUUUGGUUCAUGAAAAUGCACCAUUAUUACAACAGCAACAACAACCAUUACUACCUCAACAGCAACAACAACAACAACAAUCAGUUGUUUCAAAUCAAGGAAUUCCACCACAAUUACCACCACAACAUAUUCCACAACCACCACAACAACAACAACAACCUCAACAAUUUACUCAAUUACAACAUGCACAUGUCAGUGAAGCAAUUUUCCAACAACUUCAAGGUUUAACUGUUUUUGUUACAAAUGUCACUUUAAAACGUAUGUUUGUUUUGGCUUUAACAAAAUCAAUCAAAGAUAUUUUACCACCUGCAGUUGAAAGAGCUGUUAGUAUUUCUGUUACAGCAGCAAAAUCAUUGAUUUUAAAAGAUUUUGCUUCAGAAGUUGAUGAGGUUAAAUUACGCAAUUCAGCACAUAUACUGGUUCGUCGUCUGGCUGAAGGUCUGGCUUUAGCUACUUGUCGUGAUCCACUUAAAGAAAAUAUUCAAACUACUGUUCAUGGAUUAUUGCCUCAAUUUUUGAAUGUUGAAAAUUCACCUUUAGAUGAACUUCCACAAGCUAUAAAUGAUAACAUUGAUUUGGCAUGCAGUUUUGUUGAAAAAGCAGCUAUGGAUAAAGCGGUUCAAGAGAUUGAAGAACAAUUAUUACCUGCUGUUUCUGAACGUCGUACCCAUUUAGAAAUGAGAACAUCAGAUCAACAACCAUUUUAUUCACAACAUCUUUCAAGACAUUCUGUUGGUUUACCUGAUCCACUUUCAUUGAAGCAAACUGGUGUUACACCACAACAGUUAUCAGUGUAUGAAUCUUUUGGAAAGCAUCGUACUUCAUCACCAGGUAUUGUCCCACCUCAAGAAGUUCAACCAAGAGUUCAAGCUCAAGCAAUGGCACCAGCUUCAAGUGUUAAUGGUUUACCACCUCAUGUUCCACAACAAUCUCCACAAGUUACUAUUGAGCAAACAUUUACAUAUAUUCAAACUUUGGUUGAUAAUUUACUGAGAUCUAUUUCAGAAGUGCCACAAUCCAAAUUGAGUGAUUUAGCUCCUGAAACUCCAAUAAAAUUACUGAUUAAUCAAAUUUUUGGAAUUGCUGCUAGAAGUUUGAGUAAAGAACAAUUAUUAUUGAAAAUUGCACAAUUUAUUGUCAAUGCUUUAUUCACUACAUCUGAAUCUAACUUAUGUGUCGAGGUUUUUGUCUUCUUGUUGGAGAAGAUUUGUACUAUUUCAAUUUCAACUAGAAAAGAUGUUUGUUGGUGGUUAGUUCAUGCAUCUGAUGAACGUAAAUUCAAUGCCAAGGUUAUGCUUGCCCUCUUGAAAGCUGGUUUAAUUACAGCUUCUGAUUUAGAUGGACCUCUUUCAAAAUCCAUUUCACCACAAAAUUCUGCAUCAAUUGAUUUUGCCAUUAAAUUAGUCAAAGAUAGUGUUUCUGUUGAAAAUACUGUUGCUUUCAGAUCAGAUUUUGCUCUGACUGUUGCUGUCUUGAAGGAAAUUAAAGAUAAUGAAAAUGUUGAUGAAUUCUUGGCUUAUUUGGACAAAGAAUCUACACAAUUACUUGAUUCAAAUGAUUCACUUUCAGAAUCUGAUAGAAUGGCUUAUGUCUUUACCGAAUGGGUUCGCUUAUUACAACAUGAACCAUUGAAUGACAAACUUCAUAUUGUUUUCAUUCAUCAAAUGGUCAAGACUGGUAUUUUUAGAUCUCCAGAAAGUAUUACUUUAUUCUUUAGAAAUGCUAUUGAAAUUUCAGUUUCAUUCUUCAAAGAAAGUGAUCCAAUCAAUGAUGUUUUCCUGUCUACAGAUGCUUUAUCAAAAUUAAUUGUCAAAUCUUUAGUUAUUCAACAAGAAACAGAUAUGUCAACUAUUAACUACUUUAAGCUUGUCAUUUCAAUAGUUUCAUUAGUUUUUGCAAAUGACCAUGAAAAAUCUGAAGAAAGUUUCAACGAAAGACCUUAUUUUAGAAUCUUUUCAACUUUAUUGUCUGAAUGGUCAUUGGUUGAUGUUGAAAAAGAAGGUUUGAGUGAAUUUAACACCACAUUUUAUUUGGUUUUGGCUGAUUUCUUCAAUUCUUAUCAACCAUUAGCAUUCCCGGGUUUUGCAUUUGCAUGGGUAACUUUAAUUUCUCAUAGAAUGUUUUUACCAAAUAUUAUUGAAUUGAAUCAUCCAAAAGCACAAGGAAAAUUUGUUUUAUUAUUGUUAGAUUUGUUACGUUUCGAGUCCAGAUAUAUUAAACAAAAAGAUGUUCCUGAAGUCAUUUCUGUCAUUUACAAAGGUACAUUACGUUUGUUCUUGUUAUUGUUACAUGAUUACCCAGAAAUUCUUGUGCAAUACCAUUACCAAUUAUGUUGUGAAAUUCCACCAUCUUUUGUUCAAUUAAGAAAUAUUGUUUUAUCCUCUUUCCCAAAGACCAUUUCAAUGCCAGAUCCAUUUACUCAAGGCUUAAAAGUUGAUAGAUUACCAGAAAUUUCAGAAUCACCAAUAGUUGCUUAUAAUCCAUCAAAUGAUUUGAAAUCAUUGAAAAAACCAAUUGAUGGAUAUUUAAGAAUUCCUUCAAAUAUGUUAUUGAAGACUAUUCUCAACGGAUUAAAACAAGCCACUUCAGAUGAGGCUGGUAUUGGUUUCAACAAGUUGAAUUUUGAUACUAAAGCAAUCAAUGCUUUGGUUCUAUAUGUUGGUAUUCAAGCUGUUAAUGAUCGUCAUCCAAAUGGUCAAACAUUCAAUCCUAAAUCUUCACAUUUUGCCUUACUUUCAGGUUUAAUGCAAGAAGGCUCUGUUGAAUUCCAAUACCAUUUAAUUGAAGCUAUCUCAAAUCAACUUAGAUAUCCAAAUUCUCAUACACAUUGGUUCAGUUAUAUAAUUUUACAUUUCUUUGGUGCUCAAUCAUUAUGGAAUGGUAAAAAAUCACAAGUUCAACAAAUCAUUACCAGAGUAUUGUUGGAAAGAAUUAUUUGCAACAGACCACAUCCAUGGGGUUUACUGAUUACAUUUACUGAAUUACUGAAGAAUACUGAAUUAGCAUUCUUUGAUUUGGACUUUACAAAAGCUUCACCAGAAUUAGAAUCUAUUUUCGGCUCAUUACUUCGUCACAUCAGUUCUAGUUCUUCAGCCAAAUCUCAACAAUUACCACAAGCACAAGCUGUAUGA